GCUACUUUAGUCCCCCAACAUAAGCACAUUCACAGAUGUCCCUGCACGCGUAGAGUUGUCUCACCCAUCAUGAUAGAGCAGCCUGCGUCUGCGUGAACCGACGAGCUACGGACACAGAGAAACAGAGAGAUACAAAGAGGGAGAAGAGAGGUACAGUGGAGAAGGGUGGGAGGGAGAGCACAAGAAAGAAGAGGUGAAGAGCAAGGCAUACAUCGCUGCCACUCUGACGUUUCCCCUCAUGCGCCUGUUUGUGCCUGGCGAGGAGAACAAUAAAUCCUGGGAGCUUGUGUCCUCUCUUUGCUUUAUAUUUCCUUCUUUCUUUAUUUCUAUCAUCCAAGGCAUGAAGGCGGGUGUCAGCUGGCACAGCAGAAUAAUAGAAAGGGAUGCUAUGAAUGCUGCCUCUAUUUUGACAAGGGACAAGGAUGAGGAAGGAGGGGACGACACACAGCAGGCACAAAAACAGGAUUUCUAGAAUGAAUGGGAGUCCUUCUGCUGCAUGUGCUGGGAAUGGCAGUCUCUUACUGAAGUCUCUGGAUGAGGGGCCAGCCCUGAGGAUGUGAAACUUGUUGGGAGGGUUUGGAUGUCACGGGUGACAACAGCUUCCACUGCGUUUGACCAACGUGAGCCACGCGCAUCUCUGCUCUCCAGACAGCACCAGUUACAGCAGGCUUGGGGCCAAAUAGUUGCAACAGAACUUGACAACACCGACCUAAGGAGGAACAAUAUACAUUGUAGGAGGGGCUUGCUGUUGCUGCAGAUAGGUAGAGGACUGCUUGUAAUGCCAAGCCAAAAAACCAAUCCUGGAGAUGCUGAAGAGAAGAGAUAUUGUUGCCAUCGUGUUGAUCGUGUUACCCUGGACUCUGCUCAUCACCGUUUGGCACCAAAGUGCUAUAGCUCCACUCCUCGCCAUCCGCAAGGCCUGUCACCACCUAGUAAAAGAGAUCUUUAUCAUUCCAGAGAGGCUUGCAGUACACCACCAGCAGCUCUCAGAUGAUGGUGUUGAGGGCAAAAGGGAAGCUGGCGGCCAGGCGCAGGACUCCAAGGAAUACUGUGCCUCAGAUAAGGACAUUGUGGAAGUUGUGAGGACAGAGUAUGUGUAUACACGACCUCCACCGUGGUCUGAUGUGCUGCCUACCAUCCACAUCAUCACUCCCACAUAUAGUAGGCCGGUGCAGAAGGCGGAGCUGACACGGCUGGCUAAUACCUUCCUCCAUGUUCCGAACCUACACUGGAUCCUGGUAGAGGACUCCCAAAGGAGAACGUCUCUUGUCACGCGGUUCCUUCGAGAAACUGGGCUUAACUACACCCACCUCAAUGUAGAGACACCCAAGAACUAUAAGGCGCGGGGAAAUCCCAGGGGGACCAUGCAGAGAAAUCUGGCUUUGCGGUGGCUGAGGGAGACCUUCAACGCCAACAGCAGUCAAGCUGGAAUUGUAUACUUUGCUGACGAUGACAACGCAUACAGCCUAGAGCUGUUUGAGGAGAUGAGAUCGACUCAGAAAGUUUCAGUGUGGCCUGUGGCCUUUGCGGGUGGCUUGCGGUACGAAUCCCCCAAGGUCAAUGCAGCUGGAAAGGUCUACGGCUGGGAGGUAGUGUUCGACCCCCAUCGGCCCUUUGCCAUCGACAUGGCUGGCUUUGCAAUCAACCUGAGGGUCAUUCUCUUCAAGCCACAGGCGUAUUUUAAGCUUCGUGGGGUGAAGGGAGGCUACCAGGAGAGCAGUUUGCUCCAGGGACUUGUCACACUCAAUGACCUGGAGCCUAAAGCAGCCAACUGCACUAAGAUACUUGUCUGGCACAUAAGAACGGAGAGACCUUACCUUGAGAACGAGGGGAAAAAAGGAUUCUCAGACCCUAAUAUGGAGGUUUGACCAUUUUUCCUUAGAUAACGGCGGUUGGCCUUGGACCUGCAGAAGAAGAAAACGGCAGGGCCUCUUGAUAAGUGCAACCAGCGCUCAUGUCUUAAUCAUAAGGGGAAAAAAGGAAGGGGGGGCUUUGAAGGGGGAUUUAAUCCUCUUGACUGAAUCUGACAUUUUUCAAAUAUGGACUAAAACAGUAGAAAUGUAUCAUAUUAAAGCACAGAUUAGAAAGAGGGGGUGGUUAUUUGUCAGGAUUAAAGUGCAGAGCAGACGACAUUAAAAAACACCUCACAGGGCUGGUGUAGAUAGUCGUGAGCUGCACCUUAGACAGAAGACAACCUAACAAAAAAAGACAGCACAAUAUGAAGAGCAUACAGCCAGCGGACUCAACCAAAAUAAGCAGGUUAAAAAAAAUAUCCUUCACCUCAAAACAAGUAAAACGAAUGGUACAAAAGAGACAUUUCUCUUGGAUUUAAGGACACGGCCUAGAUCAUCAGCCUGGAUAAAAAACAAGUCUCCAAGGACAGAUACGCCUCAUGUUUAUUUUCCUUUGAGCAAACUCCAACAUAGCAAGGGAAGGAAUGUCCUUUUGAUAAUUAUGAUGUUUGCUUUAAUUUAAUUUUAUUGGUUUUGGUUUUGGUGUUGGUAUUGGUUUGGGUGUUUUACAAGCACUUGACUUGCUAGUUUGGUACUACUGACUUACAUUUACUCCUGGUUUGUUCAUUUUAGUGUCAUAAUAAUUCGUGCAUAUACCAGUACACGACAUGUACACUUGGUGAGAGACCACUGCUAGAAAAAUGUCCCCUUUGUUGUGCUUAGGAUCUUAAAACUACAUAAAAAACAUCAAAAUCUUAACACUAUUCUUAGCACUUAAAACGAUAUACAAAUGAUGUUCCUUUUUGCAAUGUGUAAAUAGUAAUUGAACAUUAGAACAAUCAGAGAAUUAAUGAAAAAUGAUGACAAAAGCAUUGUAAUUACUUUAUUUACAUGUAUUUUUUUAAAAGGCAUCUUCUCUCUCCCCCGGGUAAAUUGCUCACAAUGACACACAACAAGGCACAUGUUCAAUAUAGGCUCAACACAAUGCAUGAAAAAAAGUUAUAGCACAUCACCAUUUUCAUUUGGUAACUUUAGUUUAUGACACAUUCAUAAAGGAUAGACAAGAACAUCAAAUCAGAUACAUGGUAGAUUCACAAAUGCCAUCCUCAUCCCCAUGUUAGCUUUCAUAUGUCAGUUUUGAAAUUACAGGGAAACAUUGUGUCACUUUAGCGAGUUAGUAUUUCCCUUGCUCACAUAAGCCCCUAUCUUGCAACAAACGCAUGGCAUGCGGCGCGUCAAUAUUUCCUAAUGUCCUAUCUCCCCAAUUACCAUUUCAUGACAUGCGCAUC